AUGGUCACUCGCGGACGAGGUCGAGCACGUUCACGAGAGAGUAGGAAUGAGCAACCGGCUGAUAACCAUGCCGAGUUCAUGGCGGUGAUGGCGAACCUGGUGAACACCAUGGAAGCGAAUGCUGCUGCAACUUUGCAAGUUAUACAGAGGUUAACCCACCCGGCCAUAAGCGGAAACGACAAGGGAGGAGGUGCUGAGGGUAGCUUAAGAGGUGUUCCGAGAACUCUAACUGCUUUUCGGAAAGCUGGCCCGCCGAUUUUCAAUGGUUCGACAAACCAUACUGAAGUAGACAAGUGGUUCCAAGCUUUGGAGCAUGCAUUGCUAACUCAACAUGUACCGUAUGACAAGUUCGUGGAAUAUGCGACUUAUCAGCUGGUGGGAGAAGCUCAACAAUGGUGGCAAGGAGAGCGCCGACUGCGACACCAACAGAACGUGAACAUUACCUGGGCGUUAUUUGAGGAAGCCUUCUACAGGAAGUACUUUCAUGGGUCAUUAAGGGAGGCCAGAGAAUUGGAGCUCUUACAGCUGAAACAAGGGUCCAUGACUAUAGCAGAAUACUGA